CUCUACUGUUUGCUGAUGGAACAGAAGGUCCUCAGUAAGUCCUCCAUGGUGUCCAGACUGCCAAAAUUUGGUGCCCGUCCUGUCAGUGGUACCCCCUCAUCCCUUCCCAAUGGUACGACCCAGACUGCACUCACACAAGAGGGCAAGAAUCCCCCAGCUAGGCCAAAUGGAUUGGUCAGAGCCUCCUCCUUCUCCAUGAAAUGGAGAAAGGAUAGUGGUGGGUCAGUGGACCCUUCAAACCCAGAUGAGGGCACGAUACCAGAAGAGAGGAAAGAAGUUCGCUCCCAACAUUCUCCAGGAAGUAGGGAGUUAAAAAGCCCGUCUACUCCCGCAACCAAAGUGUACAGGUCUGCCACCUCAUUGUCCACUGGAAGCCCUAAACCUGCACCCAAAACCCCUAAAUCCACCCCGAGUCCUAAACCAAAGCCCAAAAUUUCUCAAAUCACUAUAGCCUCCAAAAGUCAGGACAUAUCCCAAAAAAGCUCAGGCUCCAAGCCAACUCAAAAUGGGACUUCAUCUCUGGGGUCUUCACCGGGCCAAGCAAGCUCUUCGGGGCUUCAGCAACCAAGGGCGAACUCUAGCUCUACUCGAAGCACCUUUAAAGACAGUUUGUCCCAGUCCAACGACAGCCUCUCGCGACAGUCACUCGUGCCUGACUACAUGGUGCGUUCUCAUAGCUUCACUCACUUCAAGCAACUGCCCUCGCCAACGUCCGCACCCAUGACACGCUCCUUCUCUUUCAACAAGGCUGUGGAGCUAGCCAAACCACUAGCUAAUGCACAGCUUCGUCCUCCGCGAACACUUGGACUCAAAUCUCCUUUGAGUCUGAGCAAAGGCCGGCUAGUGCUCGGUUUGGGGGGCCUGGGAUUUGAAAAGGGGAUAACAGAUAGAUUACCUUCUGGGAAUCCUUCUUCAGAGAGUUUAACACCUCCUAAUUCCAUAAAAAGGCCUCUUCUGCCUAACUCUGUGCUGACAAAACCCUCAUUACAGGCCUACAGGCUAAAUCGACCAAUUCCUGCCAAACCGCAGUGCCCUCUAGUGGUUGGGAGGAGCCCAGUGGAGCGUGACGACAUAACCCCGCCUCUCACUCCGGAGUUGCUCCACUGUGCCACAAAGAACGCAUCAGCUUCCACAGAUUCCCCAAAGGAGCCUGUGAUAGAGCCAGGGCUGGAUGGGAACCUCCGCUACACUGGAGAGGGAAUGGAGGACAUGUCUCUAUCCUCUGCAUCUUCUCUGGAGAGGAAUGACACAAGUGAGGAGUUCCUAGAUGACUUUGAUAAUCUAGGGGACCAGUUGGAGAAUGGCUUCCCUCUUAACAAAAAUCCCGUGGCCACUCCCACCCAAAUGUGCCUGCAGGGAUUCUUAAAUGAGACCAUAGACUGGACUGGGAUUGGUCUGACAGGUGGCAAGGCAGAUUCAAGUGAUUCGCUCCGUGGUCCGCCGCUCAUGUCCCCUGACGUGGAUCGUCAAGCGACCUCCUCUUUGGAGCUCUCCCCCUCUAACAGCUCUGGAGGAACAUACAUGUGGGAUGAGGAGGGCAUGGAGCCGCUGGGACACAACACACACAUACACCGUUGCAGCAGUUAUGAGUCAGACCUCAACAGCACCGACAUUCUGAACAACUUGGAUAACACUGGCUCAUGUGACCUGGAAGAUGAUGACCUCAUGCUUGAUGUGGAUCUGUCAGAGGACGGGGCCUUACUAAAUGAUGGGAUGGCCCACUUUGAGCGCUCUGACAGGGGAGGCCGGCCGACUCAAUGGAGGAGGAGACAGCAGAGAUGGAGUGGAAUGGAUCAUGCUCAUGACAACAGGCUGGCUGGGUUUCAUCGGCCCUUGUAUCCUGCAGUUCAGCAUGACAGUCACACGGUGGCGCUAGAUGAACUCACUCUCAAGCACAUGACUGAGGACUGCUCAUCUGUCAAAUCACAGCUGCUCAAACUUAAGAGUCUGUUGCAGACUGAUGAUGGUGAGAUUACUCCAGAGAGUUUGGAUUCCAGAGAAGAUGACAACAGAGCCCAGCAGAUGGAAGAACUGAUGAAGGAGGUGGCACAUCUCAGGGAAGAGCUGAAAAAUAAAGAUAAAAUCAUUACACGACUCACUCAUCAACAGCAUCAACAAUCUCCGGUGAGAUGUCAAUGUCAUCAGCAGAAGUCAGGGGUCAAAGGUGAGAGAAGAACUCAUCAUGAUAAAUCCACUCAGACGAUGUGGCGACCGUCCCAUCAUCACCCUACUCCUCAAAUACUUCAGCCCAUCAGUCACAUCCCCAACGAAACCCUCAUCCAGGGAAAACUAGCAAGAAUAGUCCCCACCGGGGGCCACAGUGAUGCCUCCACCGAAGAGGAACGGGCUCUUAUGUCCUGUCCUCCAGCCGCCUGCACCGUUCCAAUUCUUCCUCCUGCUAAAGACCCUCACAUGGAGUUGAAAUCUCUGCCUGACCCAGAAGAGCUGAGCCGGUUGCUUAGCACCCACCUUCGCAUACAGGACGACAAUGAGAAUGACUCACCAGGGGCUGGAGAACAGAUUGUGAGACUGACCCCUGAAAGCCAUCAAAACACACUCCUGCAGACACCUCACCCCUUGUCCUUCUUCAGCCCGUGUGUCCUGCAGUCUCCACGUCUACACAAAUGGGUAACACUCCCUGCUCUGUCUAUAGGGGGCGGUAGUGGGGCAAACCCAAAACCAGGACCCUCAGUGAACCACAAGGUCCACCAGCUUCUUCCUCCUCCUCUGUCCAGAGGUUUGCCAUGCUUCAGUGCAGGGAACCACAUCAUUACUCGCGGCCGGCUAUCCCAGCCUUGGCCAGCAGUGGUCAGGAGUGAGGCUGACCCACAACACAAUGCUUCGGUACCGCUCGGCGUCUCCACAAGACUUACAAAGCCAAAGAUCCACUGAGGGUCAGCUGCAGCCAUAGACACUGAUAAGGCUACCUCCCUGAACGCAUGAUCACACAUGCGGCUUGCACUAGAUGGUGGUGUUAGUGGCUAGAUAAUGUUUUAAGCUAAACAAAGCAGCUAAGCUAUCGCAUCUAACUAUGCAAAAAAAAGUAGUGUCACAAUCAGCGAAUCUGUCUCACAAAACCGCUAAAAGUCACAUCAUAAUUCCUUAACCACUAAGAAACAUUUACCACUCACGAUAAUGUCAUCCAUACAAGAUCAUUCUAAUCUAGCUGAGCUCCUGAUGGAUUGACAAAUUGAAGGAAAGAAUGACAGACAGAAAUUCAGUCUAAAGGAGGAGGCAAAAGCAGAGAAAUUGAGUACUAGAGAAGUCUUUUUACUAAUACUCAAUAAACGUCAAAGAAGACUUGAGUGCUGUGCCAUGGACUGCCUGUGGAGAUUCAAGACACCCUCAGUGUCUGGCUAUUUCCCCAUGCGGUGUGCCCUCAGGAGACCAACUCAUUUAGUGGGUGAAUAUGACAUUUACAUCACCAACCUCCUGAGGUUUAACUGCGAAAACGCAUAUUUUCUACGCAGCCUCACAGAUCUUGUCUUAAAGAGAGAGUCAUUAUUUCAUGUGACCCAAGUCUCCUCUCCAGUUUCCAAAGGAAAACUUCUCAGUCUGCUGUGGUUUGAUCUGUUUGUGUAUUACUUUAUGCCUCAUUUCACAUCCUUGUCUGAAUUCACCACAUAAACAUGAAGAAAACAGUGCAAGCUACAAAAUCAUUUUUUUUUUAUCGUUUUCAUUCCUAAAGUAUGUCUUGUUUUUCAGUGCAGCAGAGUCUCUUUGACCUAUAGACACAGUGUUUUGGCAGGAGGGCACGCACGACACUGUCAGUGCUUCCUUUAUUUUCACCUUGGCUGCAGUCAUGAUCAGCAGAUUUUCAGUUUAAUUAGGCUUAUGUCUUAUGUAUUAACAAGGUUCUUUUUCUUUAUGGAUUAUGGCAUGCUCAAAGCAUAAACUUGCUUUUUCACCCCCCACCCCCACACACACUUCAGUUGCAUACAAAAUUGUUAUAAUGCUUUUUAAUUAUUUAUACAUUAUUAAGAUGUUUACAGUUAAAAUGCCUUUAUUAAGCUGUUCAGUCUGUUCCAGUGCUGCAGGAAUAACAUUUUUGCCUUGUCUUUGGAGCAGAAAUACUCUUGCGGUGAAACUUUAAAUGUACAUAAAAAGUACCCACUUGAGCAAGUUCUUAAUUUUUGAAAAAAAUUUUGUCUUGAUGUUGCACUAACUUAUUUUUGGCUCUGCAAGUAAUGAUACUUGAAACAGUAUAAUUUAUGGAAAAAUAGGACAAUUUGUCCUUUGCCAUAAUGUUAGAUUGAUUUGAUGAGGUUGCUUUUGUUACCAGAAAGUAUUUUCUAAUGAGGAUGGUUUCUAGUUUGGUUUCCUUAGGGAAAUUUUUCUCUUUUCUUAAGGUCAGAUUACAUAAAUGGGUCUCAGAAGGUUGAUAAGAUUGUAAAUAAUUUGAGUUUUUGUGCUUUUGGCAUGCCUUGAUACAUAAUGCACACUGUAAUACACAAAUAUACAACAAGAUCCACUGCAUGGAAGCACAUGGAUUUAUCUGUACCAUGAUUUUAAAUAUGCAAGAACCCACCUCUGUGUGUUUUGCAGUAUAUGUAUCAGAGCGUGUAUGCGUAUCAAUAUAUAUACCUUCAAAGUGGAUGUUUGUUCUCAAGAAAAAGUGAUUCAAUUUACCCACCAUACAAGGGCCAACUUGGGCCACAUACUUCUAAACACACCCUAAGCAGAGAUGGGCAGCCAUGUCUAAAACCAGCUAAAGUAAAUCAAUAGAAGAAGGAUAUUUAUUUGUGUGUGUUUCUCUCUCACCCAACUCUGUGGUUAUACUAAGCAUAAAAUCAAUGGAGGGCUUGUUUUAUAAUGCUCUGGAGGCACUUUGUUUGUAUUUCUCUCUUUCUUUUUAAAAGGAGGAGAGGUCCCACGUAAUACGCUGUCUUCUUGCUAAUGCAAAGUCGCAGAAGUACAUUGAUUCUGUCUGCUGUGGUCAGAGGUGAAUCGCUCUUGUCAAGGAGAUGUCAGUUUACAGAUCGGAGCAUCUUCUCUUUCAUUUGCAUGUUAACAAAUGAGGCGAUACACAAAAAAAUAGUAUAUAAUUAAAGGGAUAGUUCACUCAAAAAUUACUUAUGUCAUUCCAAAGUAUGAUGACUUCUGUGGGAGACAAAAGUAGAUAUUUAUAUAAUGAAAUUCAAUGGGCAAAGUUGAAAUGGCACAAAAAUGAUCCUGUCUGCAUGCGUGAUCAAAUGGGCAGUAACAGUUAACAAGUAGUUAAAUAUACCUUUGUGUUCUACAGAAAAAAAGACAUGCAGGUUUGGAAUGACAUUUUCAGUUUUGGAUAAACUGUCUUUAGAUGGAGAUGCAACAAACUGCAACGUUUCAAGAAUAUCUGCAAAGACGCCGGUUCCUUUUAACAAAUCACCAUUGAGGAGCCGCAGUGUGGAAAAAACAUGAACAGUUAACUGCACCAAUAAAAUACCAGGUAUUAUAUUUCCAAAUUGCAAAAAUAAAUGCACUCAUACAAAGACCUGGUACUGUUGUGUAAAAUACAUUUAUGACUUGCAGCCCAUGUGUGUUGGCCACCUCCUCGGUUCUUAUCACCUGAACGAUUCUUUGAUAGCAUGCAAACACUUGCCAUGAACUCCUUUUUUUAUUUAUUUUUUUAAAUUAAAUUUUUCCUUUCAUAUAGUUCAUGUCUUGCUGUUUUUUUCACCAGAGAGUAUGCAGCAAUGUCAGAAUGGUAUCCUUGCUCCAUUGUAGCUUCAUAAAUCCAACAGCUGCCAACCUGUUUGUAUGGACAGAAGAGAUGUUUAAUAAAAGAGGAAUGAAUUCAAGCACUUUAAAUGACCCAUUUCAACCUCGACACUGGAAAGACUGUGGUCUUUUUGACUUGUUUGAUUUGCUGUCGUCUUAUUGUGUGCAACUACUUUUAUUUGGCUGUUUGUGUCUUGAUGUUCUGUCCCUGUGUGCCCUGGUCCAGUGGAAGUUGUGAGACUUUAAUAAAGUGAAGGAAUAAGAUUCA